GAAUUAAACGAUGGAGAAAUCGGCGGCACAACCCUCCACACGUGUCAUCCGUGCCGGCGCAGCAUUCUACGUAGAAUCUACGCCGUAUUUCACACCCCUCAUGUACCAUCAUGUAAACUCAUUCCUCACAGCAAAGACAACUCUAAUAACACUUAUUCUUCUCCUCUCCAAUGCCGUUCUCGCUUUCAUGUGGUCCAUCUCAGUUUCCGUCCGGUUUACCGGUCCGAGUACCCUGAGAAAUAUGCAGCUAAACCGGAGGAGGACUUUCCGAAGCUUGACGUGUUUAUAUGCACGGCUGAUCCGUACAAGAAGUCUCCGAUGAUGGCGCUCAACACCGCUUUGUCUGUGAUGGCCUACGAUUAUCCGUUCGACAGGAUUUUGGCUGCCAAGUUCUCUGAGCAUUGGUUGCCUUUUUGCAAGAAGAAUAAUGUUCAAGAUCGGUCUCAUGAAGUGUAUUUCUCAUCAAAGUCACAUUAUUGGACGACAGAUGAUGCUGAGAAUCUCAAGGUGGAACAUGUCAAAGGAUGUGGUCAUUAG